GGAUUGUUGCAAUGCCUCUUGAUGGGCCACUAGAUACACUGAACACAGAAUAAUGGCCCGACGGCCCUGGUACAUCUGCUUUCUCUGCGAUUUCUAGCACAUUUAUCUAUGAGUUUCCUCCGUCGCCGUAUAGAUUUUUCUUCAGCAUAUGUAGGAGACAGGAAAAGCAAGCCAAAGCACAGAAAGUGCAACUGUCUCCCCUCAUAUUUCGAAAGGUUUGCCAAGGGCUCUGCGACGCUGUGGUGGUUUGCAGGAAGCAACUGCACCUUUUAUCCCGAAACUUCAUCUGGUUACGCUAGUGAAUACAUUUACCUGUAUGCGUUGAAACUCAGAUAUUACAGUAGGUGGAUUUAAGUUAGCACGAAUGAUUUAAAAGUGGAUGAAAAGGAUUUUUAACGUCCACAGUGAAGGUGCAAUUACUUAACACUUGCAACAUGGCUGCUGCGGGAACGGCAGUGGGAAAAGUUUUACACUGACGUGGGAGAAGUUUUAUGCGAAUGCUAGUUGGUACAUGAGUUGUUUGCCAGAUAAUAAAGUCGUCAGCAGUCUCCUCCAGCCUGGCACCGCUUUCCCCGGACUUACAAACCAGUGGAUAAACCGUGUGAGAGCCUCCUCCUCCUCUGUAGUCACCGCCGACAGUCACUGCAGUGGACUUUGUGGGGAAACUGUGGUGUCUUCUUCUCCAUCGUAAGCCGUGGUGGCAGGCUGUGUUUGGAGCUAAAAAUGCAUUUUUCCAUACCCGAAACGGAGGUUCGUUCCGGAGAAAAUGGAUCAAGCUAUGUGGCCUACAACAUCCACGUCAAUGGCGUGCUGCACUGUCGAGUACGCUACAGUCAACUUCUUGGCCUCCAUGAACAGAUAAAGAAAGAAUAUGGCAGCAAUGUGGUGCCUGCAUUCCCUCCAAAGAAGAUCUUCACACUGACUCCUGCUGAGGUCGAACAGAGACGAGAACAGCUGGAGAAAUACAUGCAGGCUGUGCGUCAGGAUCCAUUGCUUGGAGCCAGUGAGAUGUUCAACAGCUUCUUAAGGAAAGCACAGCAGGAGACGCAGCAGAUUCCCACAGAAGAAGUCGCUCUAGACAUCUGCCUCUCCAACGGUCAGAAGGUCACAGUCAACAUUCUGACUGCAGACCAGACGGAGGACGUCCUUGAUGCUGUUGCAACCAAGCUCGAUCUUCCAGAUGACCUUGUUGGUUACUUCAGUCUCUUCCUCGUCCGUGAAGGUGUGGAUGGAGGGUUAACAUUUGUGCGGAAGCUGCAGGAGUUUGAGCUGCCUUAUGUAUCCAUUACCAGCUUGCGGAGCUCUGAAUUUCACAUACUCCUACGGAAAAGCUACUGGGACAUGGCGUACGACGGUGAUGUCAUGGACAACAGAGUUGGCCUCAAUUUGCUAUACGCCCAGACAGUGUCUGACAUUGAGCGAGGCUGGAUACUCGUCAACAAAGACCAGCACAGGCAGCUCAAAUCACUGCAGGAGAAAGGCUCCAAGAAAGAAUUUAUCCAUCUAGGUCAGACCCUCAAAUAUUACGGCUAUAUCAAGUUUGACCCCUGUAUCACAGACUUCCCUGAGAAGGGCUGCCAAGUCAUCGUCAGCGCCGGCAACAACGAGCUCAACUUCCACGUGAAGCUUCCCAACGAACAGAUGAAGGAAGGAAGCUUCAAGGUCACGCGCAUGAGGUGUUGGCGAGUCACGUCUUCUCAAGUCCCGAUAGCAAACGGCACCACCAAUCCCUGCAGCUCGUCCAAAUGUGAGGUCAAACUGGAGCUGGCCUUUGAGUAUUUGAUGAGCAAGGACCGCCUCCAGUGGGUCACUAUCACCAGUCAACAGGCUAUCAUGAUGAGUAUCUGCCUUCAAUCUAUGGUGGAUGAAUUAAUGGUGAAGAAGUCAGGCGGCAGCAUAAAGAAGAUGCUGAGGAAACGACACAACGGCUCCAUCCACCGGUCAGACAGUCAGCAAGCUGUGAAAUCUCCCCCUCUACUGGAUUCCCCUGACCCGAACCGUGAACAAAUCGUCAAAUUAUCAACCAAGCUGAGCUCGGUGUCCCUCCGAGGAAUCAGCGCAUCCAACUCAGCAAACGACAUCAGCGGCAACGAUUUCCACGGCAACUAUGCUUUCGAGGGAAUCGGGGACGACGACCUGUAACCCCGACUUGCCCUCCUUCCCUCUUCACUCCACUGUCAGCGACUGGGACGACAAAGAUUACAAGCUGAGCUGAGCCGAGCCGAGCGGGCCGCACACGCCUCCGAUUCUGCAAGAUUGUAGCUUCUUCCUGGAGAAAUCGCUGCCUUAAGCUCUCAUUUAAUCUUUGACCGUGUCCUUUCUUUUAGACUCUAAAAGCUCAUUGAUUUGCAUUUUAGUUACAAUCAUAUUUAAUUGAAACUUUUUCCCUAUGGUAUUAAACUUGUGGCGACAUACAGUAAAUAGCAUGUAAAGCUACAGGUACGCAAAUAGGGACAAAUUCCUUCUUUCAUUCACAUUGAUUACUGUUUCAUUGACAGUAUUAUAUGAAGUUCUAUAAUGCAGUUCAAUUCAUUAAGGUACAAAGUAAAUUAAUAUAUUAUAAACUACAUGAAGAAAACCUGCUAGAUCUUGGAUUCUUCCCGCGGUGGCUGCAUGUUUCUUUCCAACCCGAGAGCCAAAUGUUUAGUUAGACCUGGCACUAGUGAUAAUACAGCAGAACUGGACAUAGGAUAGUUCUCCAUAUGACCCAGAGUCCAGUGAAUGUGUUAAAACUGAUCUCAAAACUGUAGACUAUUCAGAUCAACUGCUUACUUAAAUGGAUGAUCGAUGUUUGGCUUGGCUAUAUACCAAAAUGUCAUGUUUUUAUACUGUUAGUGAUGCUCUGUGUGUCAUGCUAGACAUGUGCCAAGUCCGUAAAUAUUUUAG